UCUUCACUUGUCACUUGUCCCUUGUCUUUCUCGUUACAUUUAUAGUCAUCCUCUUCUCAAAACACUAAUCAUUUUUUAUUAGGUAUUAAGCAGUAUGAAAACUUAGUAGAAAGAAUACUUGCAAGUGUAUUAUUCCAAUCUGGCAUGUGUUCUGUAGGUGGAUCAUUUCAGAAGGAAACAAAAACUCUUCUUCAGACAGAUUACUUGAGAGUUCAGGACAUCAUAUAUUUUUUGUUUUAUUUUAUUAUUUUUCCAGAAGCAAGAGAAAUCCAUGAUGACUGUAUAAAAAAAAGAAAAUCCACAUUCUGAAGAAAUAAGCUGAAGUGAAUUUGACGUACCUUGAAUGUGAAAUAUGGCCAGUGACGUUUCAGGGAAAAUAUUAAAAUACCUAUUAGGAAUCAUCGCGGCUAUCCUGCUGACCAAUGUGUUUGUUGUGGAAAUUAUCGAUUUUUCAGGAAUAAGCAUGGAUUUACAGUUUAGCUUCACAGAUGGGUCAGCGCAUCAUAUUAGACGAAGAAGUGCAGAAAUUACACAAUGUCUCAACUCAUCGUUGGGGUGUGAGCUGAAUGCUAACUGUUCCAAUUACAGUGGAAACUAUUCGUGCUUUUGUUGGGAAGGAUAUAACGCUACAAAGAUGAAUGAGACUAUUAAUAGCAGUAACCCAUGCAUAGAUAUAAAUGAAUGUCAAUUCAGUCCAUCUGUAUGUGGUCCAAAUGCCAACUGCACAAAUAUAAUUGGAAGUUACAAUUGCUCAUGUCUGGUUGGAUUCACUGCAACACACUCAAGUCUCCCCGUCAGCAUCAAUAACACAUGUAUAGAUAUAAAUGAAUGUCAAUUCAGUCUACCCGUAUGUGGUCCAAAUGCCAACUGCACAAAUCAGUUGGGAAGUUACAAAUGCUCAUGUCUGGAUGGAUUCACUGCAACAAACUCAAAUCUCACCAUCAGCAUCAAUAACACAUGCACAGAUUUUAAUGAAUGUCUCAACUCAUCGUUGGUGUGUGGGCCGAAUGCUAACUGUUACACUUACAAUGGAAACUAUUCAUGCUCUUGUUGGAAAGGAUAUAAUGCUACAAAGAUGAAUGAGACUAUAAAUUACAGUAACCCAUGCAUAGAUAUAAAUGAAUGUCUGUUCAGUCCAUCUGUAUGUGGUCCAAAUGCCAACUGCACAAAUAAGAUGGGAAGUUACAGUUGUUCAUGUCUGGAUGGAUUCACUGCAACAAACUCAAAUCUCACCAUCAGCAUCAAUAACAUAUGUACAGUAUCACCACCAACAACAGCUCCAACAAGAACAAACACAACAACAACAGUUAUUGGAAUGCUAAUGAAAAUAGCUCAGACUUUUGACUUAAGUCUUGCUGACCCUAAUAGCAACAGUUACAAUGAUUUAUCUGGACGAAUUCGGUCAACAAUUAAUACAAGUUAUUCUAAUAAGUUAACUGGCUACAGUAUUGGUUCUACAAAAGUCUCUGGCUUCAGGCCUGGUAGUGUUAUAGCAGACUACACAAUAAGUGCAACGUCCAGUAGCCUUGACUUUGGAGCAGCAAACACACAAGUUUCUGACUCUCUAAGGGCACAAGGAAUAAUUUUAGCUGAAGAUGCUUUUGCUCAAAGUGAUCAAACAGUUUUCACAACAGAUCAGUUAUAUCCUCUGCAAAAGGUAGACCUAAACUGUAUACAGCCAGACUUUGCAAAAGGACCAAUAAAAUGGACGGUGGAUAACAAAGAUCCUGCUCUAGACAACACAAGAUACUUACUUUCAAACAACAACAGAACUCUCACUGUGAUAAAUGCUAGUGACAGUGACAGUGGUCAAUAUUCAUGCAUCAUACAAAGGAAUACAAUACCAUACAUUCAGUGGCAAAAUAUCAUUAUUAAACAAAGCCCCAGUAUUAUCGUGGGUGAUAAAUACCGUGUUUUUCCAUGUGAUGGCAGCAGUUUUCAACUGAAAUGUUCUGUUGAUGUUGGCUUCAAUCUUGAGUGGGUCCUGGGUGGAACAGUACAAAUUUCAGGAUCUGACAGUAUCACAUUAAACUAUGCUACUCAGAGUGGAACAGAGUGUACAGAUCAAACCUUUACAUGUCGUCUCAAGGAUCUGCCACAACUACAGAAUUACAUGUAUAGCUAUAGCAGUGUCACAGUAAGGACAAGCACAGAAAAAUAUGACUGUCGAAAUGAAGAACUUGGAGUUGGAAAAACAAAUGAAGAGAAGACAGGAGUCUGUGGAAAAGGCUUCAAAGGCACCUUAACUUACAAAUGUGAAUCAAGUGUUUGGAAAUCAGUAAAGGACAACUGUGUACUUGAAGUUAUCGACAACCUUAAAAAAGAACUUGAGUCCUUGCGUGUGGAGGGGAUUCCAGGGUUUAUGGCUAACCUCAGUCUUGCCACAUCAGAGAAUAAUGUUAACAUAACCCAGUCUGCUGCUACUGUCCAAACAAUUGUUAACAUGCUCUUUAAAAUUGCUGACUUGUCCCAAGCUACUUCCAUCAAUAAUCCAGUUAUGGGGAGUUUCCUAAACACAGUGGACAUUAUUGUAUCAGGUAAUGUCAGUGAUACAUGGAACAAACUGAACACAGGCAACAAAACAGGAGACACCAGCAUUAAACUUCUGAGCGCUAUAGAGAAUAUAAGUGGCCGUCUCACAGAUGAGUUUGCGAUUAAUAAAACAUCUAUUCAGAUGAAUAGAACUACAAUUAAAAACUCAUUUAAUACAGCAUCAUCACUGCCAAACUCAACAACGGAGAUUGUGAUACCACAAGUUCCUCUAGAGACUACCAUAACCAUCAUAAUCUUCACAACUCUUGACAAAGUCCUACCUUCUCAAGGUACUAAUGACAGCAGGAAAUCAGAUGUGCGCAUCAAUGGAGACGUGGUUGUUGUUAAGGUUAAUGAAACUAUUAACAACAUUUCUUUUACAUUUGACAUUACUGAUCAGUCUUUGGGAAAUCCUCAGUGUGUCUUUUGGAACUUCAUUCUCAACACAUGGGAUUCCACUGGAUGUGAAGUAAAGCGGAAAGACACCGGCAAGAUUACAUGUGAAUGUAACCACACAACCUCCUUUUCAAUACUAAUGUCACCAUUUUACAUUGAUCCCAAUUAUCGCAUAGCCUUAGCCUAUAUAACUUACAUUGGUGUAGCUAUUUCUAUGGCCAGCUUGAUUAUAUGCCUGAUUAUUGAGACUAUCGCAUGGAAGUCAGUAAGAAGAAAUGACACAUCCUAUGUGCGACAUGUCUCCAUAGUCAACAUUGCCGUGUCCCUGCUGAUCGCAAACAUCUGUUUUAUCAUUGGAGCUGCAAUCGCAGAACAAGAACAGCCAACCUCAGUGGGUCGCUGCAGUCCAGUGGUUUUCUUCAUGCACUUUUUUUACUUGGCUCUUUUCUUCUGGAUGUUAAUGUUAGCGAUGUUGCUCUUUUACCGUACAGUCAUGGUCUUGUCUCAAAUGUCAAGGGCCAAAAUGAUGGUCAUUGCCUUCAUAUCCGGUUAUGGUGCACCUUUGCUCAUAGCAGUCAUUACUGUUGCCUCAACAGCUGGACCUCAAAAUUAUAUUUCCAAAAGAAAUGCAUGUUGGCUGAACUGGUACGAAUCAAAGGCCCUGCUGGCAUUUGUGAUUCCAGCUUUCACUAUUGUAGUCAUAAACCUUGUGGUUUUGAUCGUGGUUCUGUACAAGAUGUUGAGGAGAGAAGUUGGUGCCGCAACUCAACCAGAUGAGAAACAUACCCUGGUGGUCAUUGCCAGAUGUGUGGCCUUUUUGACUCCUAUCUUUGGUCUAACAUGGGGAUUAGGAAUUGGAACCAUGGUAUCACAAGAUUUAGGCAUUCAUGUGGUGUUUGCACUCCUCAAUUCACUGCAGGGAUUCUUUAUCUUGGUGUUCGGAACGCUUUUAGACAGCAAGGUUCGUGAGUCACUACCAGGAAAACAGUUGCUACAGAAACUUACUUCCGGCAGUACCAAUAGUACCAAUGCAGGAACAUCAUCCACAUCUGGACUGGCCUUUCCAAGGAUGGGAAGAAGGAAUGUGUACAAUGUGUCUGAAGUCAACAAUUCAGCAGUUACAGGCAGCUCCAAUGGCUCAUAUACUGUUAAUAACACCUAAAGGACACUCCAAAGGCAGUAGUUUUCUUUUAUUGUUUUAGGGGAGGAAAUGUUUCUUUGUUCUGAGAUGAUUAGUCUAAAAAUAAGUAAUCUAAAUAACUUUUUUACAUUAUUAUGUAAUAUACUGUUAAUCCAGUAAUGACUUUUAUUUAUACAGUACUUGAAAAAAUGGGGUAAUUUUCACAACUCAAGUAUCUUUUCUUUGUUUAAGUUGACUUGUUUUAUAUCAGAUAUUUUAAAUGUGUAAUGCAUUGUUUUCCAGUUGGUUUAAUUACAUCCUGUUUUUAUCAGUUAUGAUUAAUUCCAAUGUUUAUCACCAACCAAUUACUAAUAUUAUAACCAAUAAUCACCAAUAAUUAAAUGCUUCUUUAUAUUGUAUUUACUUAAGUAGUCUUGAGCAACUCAUUUUAUAAUAAUAAAUGCUAGUUCAAAUGUUUC